AUGGAAGUCAAUAAAAGUGAAAAACUCGACAAAAUCAUACCUCGUGGAACGACUAAAAAAGAAAGGUUACAAGAUUGCAUUGCUAUUUUAAAAUAUCUAAAAUUAUCAGAUUUGAUGGACAAAUGUUCGAUUUUUGUCAGUAGUGACCUGGAAAAAAUUCCAGAUAUGGAAAGUUUGAUUAAAUUAAAUUUUGAAAGUUUAAAACGAGAAAUUACCGACAUAUUGCACAGCCAACAGCAGCACGUGCUUAAUACCUUAGAGGUGCACAACAAGGAAAUUUGCGCGGUAAAAAACACCGUUAAUAAUAUAGCGCUGAACUACGAUAAAACGACAUAUUAUAAUCACCACAACAAACUGCUUUCAAACUCGAAUCCCUUAGGACGAAGUAGCAAAAUGCAUCAUUGUAGCUACGCUGACAAAGUUUCAUCGAAUUUAUUAAUAUCUGGCACUAAAACAUCACACUGUAAUGAAGUUGAAAAAAGUAUAGCGCCAAAGUUACUUGAAAAGUCAAGCGAUUUAAUUGUUGACGUAAAUAAUCAAAAUUUCAACCCUGGAAACCUGUGGUCAGAUGCCGAGAAAACACCAGUGGAGGAUGGGUUUAGAGAGUACAUUUCCAGAAAUAAAAAAAGAGCCAGACUAAACAACUCAUCUGAAGAUAAUAAUGAAAUGAAAUCAAGUGGUACCACCGGUAACACGGGCAAUGUUAACGCAUCCAUUCCAAAACCAAUUAAAAAAAUUAUUGGCAUCAAAGUAAUCGACAACUGCAAACUUCAGGCCGAAAAGAACCUUAUAAAAAAGACCGUUUUCUUGAUGAGCAACGAAAUAAGCGAUCCAGUAAACAAGGAUGAGGAAGAAUCAACGAUGUUUCGUGUAUGUGUCGAAAGUUGCGAUGGACCGAAGAUGAAGGACCCGGAAAUUAUGUUAAAACACAUCAUUGUACGCGAAUGGCGUUUCGGGAAAAACACCGACAAAAACUCCGAUACAACGAACAAACAUGGCUGA